AAAGAAAAAAAAAAAAAAAAAAGAAAGAAAAGAAACGCGGCUGCAAUACUACCUAAACAAACCACCCCGUUUCUCUCUCUCCCUCUCUCUCUCUUUCUCUCUCCUCUCUCUUCUCAGCUCAUCGAAUUCGAGCUUCUUCCCAGAAAGAACCAAAACGAUCCGAACUAUGAAAUAACGAAGCCGAAGAGCUUUGACCCAGGAUCUCCUUUACUCACUUCCAGAAUAUCUUUCAAAUUCCUUCAAAUUUGAAUUUUUUGGUGAUUGUUAUACUAUUUGUAUAAUAAAAAACAAUAAAAGGUUUGUUUGUGUUUUUUGGUGGUUGGUUGCAUCGAGGUUCCGAUCGGGAGUCAAACGGAGGAUUUUUUUUUUUUUUUUUGAAUUUAUGGAGUUUUUGAGAUUCCGUUUCUGUCUUGUUCGAGAGAUAGAAGGAGAGUGUGGGGAGCUUUGUAGGAGGAGCUGCGUUUGAGCUGUAAUUGUUGGUUUUUUUUUUUUUUUAAUUCAAUUAUUAUCAUUGUGUUGUUUUUAGUGUCUCUUUUGGAUGAUUUCUGUUAAAGGAGGUGGUAGUAGAGUUAGGAAUGGUGGGAGAAAAGGGAUGGAGUUAGGGUUCAGAAACGGAGAUAUGGAAGAAACUGAACUCGAGGAAGGAGAAGCUUCGUUUAAUGCGUCGAUUGACCCUGAUAUUGACCUAUCCUAUCUUGAUGAGAAACUACAGCAUGUUCUUGGACAUUUUCAAAAAGAAUUUGAAGGCGUGGUAUCAACAGAAGAUUUGGGUGCUAAGUUUGGUAUGUAUGGUUCAUUUUUGCCUACCUACCCGCGGUUUCCUACCGAAGUCGCUAACCAGAUGAAACCAAGAUCCCCGAACAAUAUGCACCAUGAGGUAGACCUUUUUGAGUGCACUAGUGUGGGUGUCUUGUAUAGCUUAAAGCAUUUGUUAACAUGAGCACUUUAAGCUGGGUUAUUUACAGGGUGCUCGGCGAAAUUCGCUUCAGGCAUCAAGUAACCUCAUAUCAUCUGGGCCUAGGGUAACUUCUUCCGCUGGUCCUGAGUUAAAAGCCUCUUAUGGAAAUGAUCAAGUGAUUCAGGGCAUAGGUGAUGUAACUAACAAUUUUGACAAAUUGCCUUCAAAAGUUGAACCUGAUAAAGUGGCCAAUUUUCCUGAUCAAAAAGCUCUGAAGUUUCGAAUUAAAGUUGGCAUGGACAACUCGUCGACUUGCAAAAAUGCUGAAAUCUAUAGUGGGCUUGGACUUGAUGUUUCUCCAUCAUCAUCUAACAGCCCUACUGAUAGCGAAGUGUUGCAUCAAGAUCUUAAGGAGAUCCCAAAUGAAUCACCUACCAGCAUUCUGCAGGUUGUUUGUCUGCGCCUCAACUUAUUGUUCUUGAGUUUUUUAAUACUAUCCUAAUGAUAUCAAUUUCACCGUUUUUGCUUGUCUACAGAUUAUGACAUCAAUCAGAUCUUUUGAACGGCUGCUCUUGUCUCCACUUUCUGAUGAUGUGACUCAAUUGACUGAAAGUGGGGACCUUCGGGGGAAGGAUUAUCCAAAACCUUCUAAGACUAAAUCUGGGAGAUCUACAUUGUCAGUGAGUGGCUUCAAUCCUGCUUCUUCAGGAGAAAAGAAACCAAAGUUGCGGGCGGAAUCUACUCGUUUAUUGGAACCACCAAUCAAUGUUAAUCAGGAUAAUCGAAAUGGCUUAGGUACUGUACAGAAGAUGGACGAUAUAGAUAGUUCAGAAUGCGAAGAAAUUGUUUCAAAUGCUCUUAAACUCCCACUUUUGUCCACGUCAUCGUAUGAUGUUUCAGCAAAAGAUGCUGCAAAGUCCAUUACUACUUCCAAAAUUGGAAUCAAAAGUUUGGUAAAAGAUGGUUCCCCGUCUAAUGUGGUGGAAGACGAAUUUUUGGAGUCUGUAGCACAGAAUAGUGGUAGGGUCGAGAAGUUAAACAAGAAGGCAAGAAAACCACAUCCUGGUGAUGGAAAUUCGUCUUACGAAACGAAGACUGAAGUUUUGGUGAAAAGUGAUCUGGAUGUAACUGAAGACACGAAAUCUCUCGUAUUUGACAAUUUGCCGCCCAGGCAGAAGAUUGGUCAGAAAGUUCCGUCACACUACGAGGAUGUUUUAAAGAAGAAGGUUGAUCAGAAAGUUGUAUCUCAUGAUGGCGAUGGUUUAAAAUCAGUUCCUGGGGAGUUGCCAUCUUUGUCCUCAGGCAAAAAGAAAUCAAAAGGAAGCCAGAGUCAACCUGCCCCAGGCUCAGAGUUUUCAGAAAAUGGCUCACUUGAUAAUUCGGUGGCUAAGGCUAAGAAGAUUUCGAAUUCAGAUGUUCUGAAGAGGGUAAAUGGAAAGACCACCGACAAAUACAAAGAUUUUUUUGGAGAGCUAGAUAUUGAACAGUAUGAUGAGGAAAUUGCUUCAGAAGAAAUGAAUCCACCACCAAAGGUCAAAGACUCCGAGUUAGUUGAAAAGAGGAGCAUGGCUGGACGUAACAAUUCUAAUGACAGGUUCAGUCAUAUAGGGAGCCAUCCAAAGUUACCUUCAUCUCGGCCACCUCUCCCUGGGAAAUGGCCUAGCCAUGAUGCGGCUGCUCCGGUGGCGGCCCCCCUUGUUCAAGAAGAUUGGGUCCAGUGUGACAAGUGCCAUACCUGGAGGCUUCUUCCACUUGGUACAAAUCCUGAGAGUCUUCCCGAUAGGUGGCUCUGUAGUAUGCUUGACUGGCUGCCUGGAAUGAAUCGUUGUAACAUCAGUGAGGAGGAGACAACAACUGCUUUAAGGGCCCUUUACCAACCCCAGGCUUCUUUGGUGCCUCCUCCUCCUGCUUCUGGUGGUCAACUUGAUCAGUUUGCACAUCCUAGUAGGACUUCAUUGGGAGAAUCUCCAAGUGAUGCUGGGAAAUCUAAUGAAGAUUUUAAUGUUUCUGGUGGGAAGAGGAAAUAUGGAACAAAAGAUGUAAUGGGUACCACUAGCCAGGAUGGUCCAGUACCAUCUUCAAAUCUUGAAAACAAUCUCCAAGCUAGUGCAAAAAGUAGAAAUUGUAAUUUAAACCACUCAUCAGUUGAGGAAUUUGUAUCCCGGUAUGCUGAGCAGCCGCUGAAUGGGCUGUCUGGAGAUAAAUAUGGGAUAGACAAGGAGAAAAGAGUUCUCCUUGAUAGUAAUAGUGAAGAAGGUACGGAAAUGAAAUCAAGAAUGAAGGACCGAAGAGAGAACGAUAUAGAUUUCCCAAGAGCUUCUAAGAAGAUAAAGAUGGAAGAUCGACAAAAUAGAGAUGACACUCCCACUUCUGGUCCUGGAGGGGCUGCCUCAAAAGGAGGUCGAAGCUCCAGUAGUGUAUCAGGCAAGGAUUCUCGCAGAUCUAGCAACGGGCCGAAGGAUUCAAAAAGUGACCUAAAGAAGUCUUCUGUAUCAUCGGGAGAUGGUCCAGUGCAAAUUGACAAGUCUGGUCCUGAUGUUUCGUUGAAGAAGAGGAAAGGUAGAGAACAUUAUCAUGGUGAUGUGGACAGUGUGCCUUCAAAGAGUUCUCAGCGUCAUUCUCAGGGAAGCCGGGCAUAUUUAGAGGAUACCAAGGAGAAUGAACGCAGGAAGGAGAAGAAAUUAAGAGUAUCAAAGUCGGAGGGGAAAGACUCCAGUGGAAGCAAACAUGUCAGUGUAUCUGGUAAAAGGGGUAGAGGCACAACAGACCAUAAAUUGGGGCACGAUCUAGAUUGCACUCCACCUCGGCGCAGCAUGGACCCUGUAGGUCAGGGGCAACCUUCGCUGGCUGCUACUUCAAGUUCUUCAAAAGUUUCUGGUUCACGUAAAAGUAAAACCAGCCUCCAGGAAAUGAAAGACUCGCCAGUUGAAUCAGUGUCAUCAUCACCAUUCCGGCUAUCUGGAGCAGAAAAAUCAUCUCAGGUAAGAACAAGUGUUGCUGGAAGGGACGAUUCUCAAGAUGUUGGGAUCUUUGCCGCUGCUAGUGCUAGAAAAUCUUUUGAAAGGGAAGAUACUGGGGUGGGUGAUCAAUCACUAAAAACGAAGGAUAAUUCUUUCAAGGGUAUCCAUCCCAGCACCCUGGAAUCUACUGUACGUGAUUUCCAGGAAAGGGAUUCAGAAUAUGGAAAUCCUAACAGCAAAACCGGUGCACUUGGUCAAGGUAGUAGUAAUGGUAAUGAAGCUGCACGUGAGGAAUACAUUAAGGCCGGGAGGAACAAAUUUCCGGAGAAAUCUGCUUCAAGUUCAGAUAGAACCGAAAAACAUUCCAUUUCUAAGAAAGAGUCUACUGGAAAACUAGUUGAUAAUUCUAAGGUGGAGAGUCAACUGCCAAUCAGUGGUCGUGAUGGUACAGCUUCUGGACCUGAUGUUUCGUCAAGCCGUGAGAUGCAAAAUGUACCGCAGGAUUCAGAUACUGAUAGAUCAUCAAGGAAGUCGGAUAAAACUACAACUGAGGUUCCUGGAAGGGGGAAAUCACACUCAUUACCACCUUUAGUAAGAGGUCAAACUGAUUCAGGGACUCGUCUCCAUCCGAUUGCUGAAUCUCAGAAAGAAUACGGAGAAUGUGAAGAACUCAAUGAAACGUCGAAGGCAUCAAAACAGAGUAAAAAAGCUGAUAAACAAAAUGGAAACCAACAUGACAAUAUGAGACAUCCUACUCCGCCUACUUCAAAGCCCCGAGACAUUGAUGCCCCCAGUCCUGCUCGCAAAGAUCCGUUAAAUCAGGCUGUUACGAAUGCCGUUAAAGAAGCAAAAGACCUGAAACAUUUGGCUGAUCGUCUGAAGGUUUUAUUUUGCCUUUUAUUUUGCAGUUUGAUGCAUAGAUUUCACCAGGCGUUGUCUGAGCUGACCUUAUUUUUGCAGAACUCUGGAUCACCCGACAGUACAGGUUAUUAUUUUCAAGCUGCUCUGAAAUUUCUUCAUGGAGCGUCUCUAUUAGAGUCUGGCAACAGUGAGAUUCGAUCAGUGCAAAUCUAUAGCAGCACUGCAAAACUCUGCGAGUUUUGUGCCCAUGAAUAUGAAAAAUCCAAAGAUAUGGCUGCUGCUGCUCUAGCCUAUAAGUGCAUGGAAGUUGCAUACCUGCGAGUAGUUUAUACAUCAAAUAACAGUGCAAGUAAGUGUCGGAACGAGUUGCUGACAGCGCUGCAAAUAUCUCCAACAGGUGAAUCUCCUUCCUCUUCUGCCUCUGAUGUUGACAAUCUGAACAACCCAGUGAUGGGUGACAAAGGUGUGCAAACCAAGAAUGUUGAUUCUCCUCAAGUGGCUGGGAAUCAAGUUUUAACACCUAAAAACCGUGCUAGUUUUAUGCGACUAAUCAGCUAUGCACAGGAUGUUAAUAAUGCCAUGGAAGCCUCUCGCAAAUGUCAAAGUGCUUUUGCAGCCGCUAAUGCAAGAUUCAGUGGUCCGCAAUACAAAGAGGGAAUGUCUUCUGUUAAGAAGGCUCUUGAUUUCAACUUCCAAGAUGUUGAAAGAUUACUACGCCUUGUGCGGGUGGCAAUAGAAGCUGUUGAGCUACAGUCAAAGGCAAAAUAAUCCUGAAGUAACUGAAGGAAUUAUUACAGUUUCAGUUUUGAGGAAUUAAUGGUGAUCAUUGCAAAAUGCUCACCUUAUCUCAUCCUAUUUUCAGUUUAAGGACUGAAGUAAACCUUUGGUUUGUGGGAAGAUGCUCACCUUAUCCAUUCAUUCCAAUGAUCUUGUGUUACUGUACAGUGUACCACAUGGAUUUGCAUUUUUCUCAUUUUGAAUGAGGCUGCUACUACUUUUAGAAUAAGGAUGUUGAAAAUAUUGAUUUGUGCCUCAAUGAGGAGAACAAUUGUAUAGAAGAGUCACUUCAGGAUUAUAAAGAGAUGUAGGAAUGAUUGCAAAAAGUGUGUCAGAGGUCAUUCCAGACUUUCAGAAGACAAGUUUUCUUGCAGUUGUAUCUUCAUCAUUGUAGUAUCUGGAGGAAGCGAGCUUUUUCUCUCAGUUAUUGUAAUUGUCAUCUUUGAGAGAGACACGAGAUGGAGGAACUCUCUUUGCAAACUGAAUCCUGUAGGUGUACCUUGUUCGUGGUCCAAUAGAUGAAAAUCUUGGUAGUUGCAGGCUCAGGUAUGGUUGUUCUUUGUGUACUAUUAUUCAAUCUGUAUUCCGAGUUCUUUUACUGAUUCCAGUUUUUAUGUUGCUGUUUGGUUUUACAGGAUGCUGCUUCUGUGAUUAUACUGAUGAGAAGUUGGACAUUGUAUAUAUACAUUCCACGAGGUGGGAGCUAUAUCUUCUUUUAUCCUCAGAUGAAUGGGGCAUUCAAGAAGUGCCUGUGAAAUAGUGAAAUGUGGUAUGCAGGGUACCAGAGGACCUCAAGGUUCACAAAUUUUGAUUAGGUUAUAUUUUGAAACUGUUUUUGGGAUCUCGGCUGCUACGUUUUGUAAAUAUGAGUAGCUCAAGCUCAGUUGUUUAAUGUCACUCCUCUACCACGGUAUUGACUUCAGUUAGCCGCCAGCAACCAAUGGGGUGAGAUUUCUCUCUACAAUUGAAAAACUUUCUUCCAUAUAUAUAUAUAUAAACAUCUAUUUCUUCCAUUGGAUCCAAGAUUUAUGCCUUAAGCAGACUAUGUCAAGUCAAAUCUUCAUUUGGUAAUAACUUGUUGAGGUCUGUUUCUUGAUUGUCAAUGGUCCUAAAGGAGGGCCUUACUGGGAAGCCUGAAUGGUUUUUAACUGAAAGUUAAUGCUUGCAGGAAUAUGGUUAAAGAUUUUGCAGGAGCUUGGAGUUUUUUAACUAGUAGAUUAAGAUGCUUUGCAUUGUAAUGAGUGUAGUCAUUGUUUGAUCCGAUGUCGCUUUCUUUUCAUAGAUAUUCGGGGUUCCUUUUCUGUUGUAUAUCAAAUUUUGUUAUGUUGUCAGGCCUAUCAUAUGUAGUAAUUGUGGUCCUGUGUAUACGGAGCGGGAAUUUCUAUUGUAUUCAAUAAUUCAAUGAGUUGUAAACGGUACAAUUUGUACUUAGAGGAUACAAUAAAUAAGAAGAAUAGUGGUCUUGUAAUUAAUAUAAACGUUUUUGCUAUUAUAUAGGCAUUGUCUACUAUAGAUCCUUAUUUUUUUGAAGCACGUUAUUUCCUGGAAUUUGUCUCAAUAGCCAUACCUACAUUAUUGAUCUGAUA